GUUUCUGGGUAGAAAGGAAUUAAGAGACUUUUUGGAUUUUCCUUUGGGAGGUCUCGUUGUGUGAAUGUGCAGCCAUGAGCUCCGAAUCAGCUAGCUCCCUAAUGUACCAAGGAACCACCAAGAGAUAUAACUUACCGGUUGAACACCUGGAUUACAACUAUAUAGAAAAAUGCACCGAUGUGAAGUAUCUGGAAAAGAUUUUGGUAGUGUUGAGGUCGGGUGACGAGGGGUAUUAUCCUGAUCUGACAGCAUUUUGUGAAAAAAGAGUUCAAGAGAUGGAUCCCAGAAGUCGAGCCCUUCGUAAAAACAAUUUACCGGCAACUGCUGCAGACUUCAAUAAAGAAGAGUGGCAGGAAAUUACCACAGAUUUUAAGAAUUGGACAGACAAAAUGAAGCAAAAUGAAAAUGAAGAGAAAUACCAAAAAACAGCAGCAGGAGGUUUUAUUUCAGAAAACUGUGUUCCUGUUCGUGGGAUCAAUGCUUCACUUCUUUCCCACCAGAAUGGCUUUGGGGGAAAGAAAUCAACUGUAAAGAAAAGGAUGGCUCCCAGAGAUUACAGUGAAUGGGACAAAUUUGAUGUGGAGAAAGAAUGUGCCAAAAUUGAUGAAGGCAAGGAAGAAAUUAAAUCUAAAACUAUCUUCAAUGAUUCAAUUUCUGGAAUAGGGAAGAGUAUUGAUACAACAGGCAUGACUGACCAAGAAAAAAUGGUAUUAGCUGAUCGGGAAAAAGACAAGGGGAAUGAAGCUUACCGAGCUGGGGACUACAAAGAAGCUUUGCUUUACUACACUAGAAGCAUAUCAGUGAUGCCAAAUGUAACUGCAUUUAACAACCGAGCUCAAACUGAAAUUAAGCUUCAGGAAUGGAAGAAGGCUCUUAGUGAUGUUGAAAAAGUAUUAGAAUUAGAUCCUGGCAAUUUAAAAGCAUAUCUGCGCCGUGCCACCGUUUAUAAACAUUUGGGGAACCAUCAAGAAGCAAUAGAUGAUUUAAAGAAAGUGUUGCAAGCAGAACCAGACAAUUCCAUAGCCAAGAAUUUGCUUCAGGAACUUGAGCGGAAUCUGAAAGACUUGCAACCUCCUAUGAAAAUAUCGAAGAAAGGGAAAAAGAUGUUUAUUAAAACAAUAGAAGACUCUGACGAGGAACAGCAAAGAGAAUAUGCAGACAAAAAUAAAGAUCCUAAUACACCGGUGGGCAGAGAAACAUCAAAGGUAAAUGCUGUCAUGGGGAACGCACAGAAAAAAUGUUCACCCACUCGAGAAAGUCAGACUAAAGAGAAGAAAAGUGGCAAUACUGCAGCGCAGAAAGACAAUAAAGAUACUGAUGGUGAUUUAACAAGAUUAAAGAAAACAGAACAAAGUAGACACAAACAUGAAACAAAAAGUGAAAAUGUCAAGGAUGUUUCAGUUUCAGUGCUAAGAGAAGGCCAAGAAUCUCCGAGAACUGACUCCAACCAGGUUCUUCCCCCUGGGUCAAGUACACAGACAGAGAAAGAAGCGAAUAGCCUAGGGGCUCUGCCUUCUCCUGUGUCAAAGCUUAAGAGUGAAGGAAAUGAACUGUUCAAAACUGGGCAAUUUGGAGAUGCAGUGAUGAAAUACACUAAAGCUAUUACUGAGCUUUCUGAAUCAGGGGUGGAUUGCCCAGCAGAAUUAAGCAUCUUGCUAUCAAAUCGAGCGGCGUGCUACUUGAAGGAUGGAAAUUGCAAUGAGUGCAUAAAAGAUUGUACAAGGGCAUUGGAGCUGCAGCCAUUUUCUAUAAAGCCACUUUUGCGACGAGCUAUGGCCUACGAUUCCAUAGAGCGAUAUCGACAAGCCUAUGUGGAUUAUAAAACGGUCCUUCUCAUAGAUAAUAGGAUCCAGGUUGCAAAUGACAGUGUCAACAGGAUAACUAAAGCAUUAAUAGAAGAAGAUGGAUCAAAAUGGAGAGAAAAGCUGUCACCAAUCCCAGUGGUCCCUGUUUCAGCACAGAUCCAAAGAGGGGAAGACAAUUCCAUAACCACGGUAAUUGGAAACAAGUCUCAAAUUACCAGUGGAAGUGAAGAUCAAGAUCCAGGCUGCAGCAAUGGUACAACACAUCCAGACUUGGGUAAAGAUGUAGAAGAACGUUUUAUGUCCUUAAAGCAGCAAGGGAACGGUUUUGUGAAAAAGACACAGUACAAGGAAGCCAUCACAAAGUAUAGUGAAUGCCUAAAACUGAAAUCCAAUGAAUGUGCAAUUUACACAAACAGAGCAUUAUGUUAUCUGAAACUUAGUCAAUGCAAGGAGGCUGAAGACGAUUGUAACAUAGCUCUGCGGGUGGAACCCACAAAUAUAAAAGCAUUGUAUCGAAGGGCUCUGGCUUAUAGAGGAUUGAAGAACUACACCGCCAGUAUCAAAGAUCUCAAUAGAUUACUGGAGCUUGACUCAAAUGUUACUGAAGCACGGAAAGAAUUGCUGGAGGUGUCUGAAAUUCUGGAAAAAUUAGGGAGUGGAUCCUUCUCCAAGACCAGCAGUCAAGAAAAGCAGAGAAAAAAUAUCCAGAUACAGGAGGUUGCUGACAGUGAUGAAGAGGAGAAUGAAGGCAAAACUACUGCUGAUCAUGAAAGUAUACGCAGUCUCAACAUUGGACAAGUAGAUCCCAUGGUAACUGAAUGUCCUUCAAAUGGACAAGUGGCUUGUGGAAAUUCUCGUUCACCUUCAGAAAAAAAUAAUCAUUUCAAGCCUACAAAUGCAUAUGAAUUUGGCCAAGCCCUGAAUGCGUUGCAGGCUAAGGUAGAUCUUGCUGGAUGUGCAGAACUGCUGAGGAAUGUAGAACCUGAAGAUCUACCAUCCAUGAUGAGCAAUAAACUGGAAGCUGACUUGUUCAUUAUGAUUAUUCAGGCUAUGAAGGAACACCUUUUAGUACAGUAUCCCGGCCUUGUGUAUCAGCAUCUUGUUCAUCUGUGUAAAGCAGAAAGAUUUAAGAUUGCAUCAGCGAUUGCUGGUAAAGAAAGAGAUCAAGUAGAAGAACUCUUUAGCAGUUUGCUACAGUUGAAGAGCACCGAGUUUACCUCUGAAGAUGUACGAAAUCUAGCAAGAAACUAUGAUAUAUAGUACUUUUUUUUAGGAGUCACAAUAUUAAUAUAUUAAAAUGCAACUCAGGUGGCUAGAAACUAUGGAACUCUUAUCACUUGCAGCCUCGUCACUUUUAUUGUGUUAAUUCUUUGUUGAACCAAAAGAAAUGACAUAAAUGUCUUUCAGUGAAGCACCUCACUGUACCCCAUUCAAGUAGGUUUCAUUCAUCCACAGGAAUGAGCUGAUUAUUUACUUGAGGAACAUAGCCAUUUUCAAAGUUGUGGCCUCAUUUCUCCAAUGAACUAGUACAAUGUAUCUAUUCCUCCUGUUGAACAGUUUCAGAUCCCCAUUGAUAAAACAAGAACAAAGAACAAUUACUUUGUUUUUAUCAACUCUGUUCUACCUUUCAGGGUUUUAGGUUUUCACAAAGCCCAAGUUUCAGAAUAGUUUUAUUAAAAGAGAUUUUUCCUUUGCUUAGUCCUUUAUUAGAAUAAAUGGUUUGUGCUUGUGGAAUGCUUGGUGAAGGCUACUAAUUUAUUCAUACUCAUUGGAAUUAAGCAUAUUUGCUACCGAUAAAACCUUGAAUACUAAAUAUAGAAUGCAGUAAAUCUGUAGUUAUGUACAACUUUAGUACAAGAUAUUGCCAGUCUGUGAUAAAACCUCCUGCACUAUGAUGCACUCUCUCAGUUAAGAUCAAAGACCUGUAAAAAAUAUUUCAGCCUGUUAUGUUAUUGCACUGUAGGAAUAAACCAUACUUGUAUUGAUCACUCUUCUUGCCAAAAAAUUUUUCUCAACAACUUUGCAAGAUAUUUGCAGAGCCUUGGCUAAAGAUCUUAUACAAUGAUGCUGACUUGUGUAGUCUCUUCAUUUCUUAACAUUAGAUUUGAUUUCAGUUUCAUUAUUACUGUCUUCUAAGCAUUUAUCUGUGGGAGUGUAUUCUGUCAUCUUCACUAGUCCUUAGAGCUGUACAAAACCCUUCAUAAUGAAUGUGAAGUGAAAGAACAUUUGGUUUGGGUGUUAGACCCUAAGACAUAUGUGCAGAAUUAGAUCGUUGGGCUCAUCCAGUCUGUCCUGCUAUUAAAUCAUGGCUGAUUAAUUAUCCCUCUCAAUCACAUUCUUCUGCCCUCUCCCCAUAACCUCCGACUUCCUUACUAAUCAAGAACCUAUCAAUCUCUACGUUAAGUAUACCCAAUGACUUGGCCUUCACAGAUUCACCACCCUCUGGCUAAAGGCGGCCCUCCUCAUCUCUGUUCUAAAGAGAUGUUCCUCUAUUCUGAGACUCUGUCUCUGGUCCUUGACUCCUCCACUACAGAAAACAACCUCUCCACAUUCACUCUAUAUAGACCUUUCACUAUUCGACAGGUUUCAGUGAGAUUACCCCUCCCUCAAUCCUCCUAAACUCAAGCACAUACAGGCCUAGAGCCAUCACACACGCCUUAUACGUUAACCCUUCCAUUCUCAGAAUCAUUCUGAUGAACCUCCUCGGACCCUCUCCAUUUUCAGCACAUUCUUGCUUGGAUAGGGGCCCAAAGCUGCCCACAACACUCUAAGUAAAUGUUAAUCAAAAGUUUAGUUAUUUCCCAGUAUUACAAGUGGUACAAUUAUUACAACAUGCAUCUUAAAGGCUAACACUACCAUCAGGAAGCAACCGUAAUUUACAAGCACAGUUAAGCCGUCCUGCUGAUAUACAUGAACCAUGGCCCAAAAGCAUUCAGAAGGUGAAGACAUGUUUCCUUCCAUCCAAGGUGAGUAGUUAGAAAAGAAUGCAGCCAAAUUAGUUAUACAAUUAAAUAGUUCUGGGUAACUUUAGAUAGAUAAAAGUAACAUUGCCUUAUGGGAACAGAACAGAGUCAAAGUGAUAGAGUACACUGCAAGUCUUUUAAUGACGUAAUAAAUUGGCUUCAAAGUUUAGUCAUCCAUUUCCCAUUGUAAAAUAUUUUGUCAGCUUACUAAUUGGAAAGCUACCCUGAUGAUGGAAAAAUAAAGUGCAUACAUUUCAAAAAGUGUAGAAUUGGAUUUUGGAAAUCCAUUUUAAAAGGUUAAUGUGAAAUUUUCAGAAUUUGAGCAAAUGUUGCCAAUUGCAGAUACGCUCUCGUGUCUUGUAUUUUCAGAAUCAAGUUUAUUAUCACUGCCUUAUGUGACACAAAAGUUAUCGUUUUGCAGUAGCAGACCAUGCCAAGAUAAAAUUACUAUUAUCUUUUAUACACAGCACUCCCAUCAGUGAAUGAGACUGAAUCUUCUGUAGUCAUGUGAACAGCAGAGACACAGCUGAUCAUCUGUACUGGGAACUAUCCCAUUUUAUAGAUGGCCAUGGCUCUCCCUCUAUAUUGAGCAAAAAUGGGAACGAAGCCUUAGCUAUCCAAUUACAUGAUUCUUCAUACAAUAGUUAAUUCUCUAACUUUUCGCUAUAAUCAGAAGCUUUCAUACUCUUUGUUAACAGUGACUAGAAUCACUGCUUUUUGGAUUUCCGGUUUACCACCUAACAUGAAGUCUACAACUGCGCCUGGAAUAAUGUCCAAGUUAAUUCUCUCCCUCACUGAUGCAUUAUAACGUCUUCAUUUCAUCCCACACUAAUAUUUCCAAGUGGCUGCUUUUGAAAAUAUUUUCUCUUUGGUGUCUUUACUGAUCUCCCUCACAGAACCAUAGAAAAGUACAGCACAGAAACAGGCUGUUCAGCCCAUCUCAUUUGUUUAAACUGUCGAGCUAUUUUAACUGUCUAUUCCAAUUGACCUGCACCAGAUCUGUACCCCUACCAUCCACAUACCUACCCAAACUUGCCCGAAAUGUUGUAUUCAAGCUCGCAUGCACCACUUGCACUGGCAACUAGUUCCACACUCUCAUGACCCUCUGAGUAAAUAAGUUUCAUGUUCCUCUUAAACUUUUCACCUUUCACCCUUAACCCAUGAUCUCUAGUUGUAGUCCCACCCAAACUCUGAAAAAAGCCUGCUUGCAUUUACCCUAUCUAUGCAACUCAAUGUUGUAUACCUCUUUCAAAUCUCCUACAUUCCAAGGAAUAGAGUGCUAACCUAUUCAAUCCUUCAACAUAACUCAGGCCCUCCAAACUCAGCAACAACCUUGUCAAUUUUCAACCUUACUUACAUCUUUCCUUUAGGUAGGUGACCAAAACUGCACACCAUACUCCACAUUAGGCCACACCAACGUCUCUACAGCUUCAAGAUCCAUUCUCCUGUACUUAAUACUUUGAUUUACGAAAGCCAAUGUGUCAAAAGCUUUCUUAACAACCCUAUCUACCGGUGAUGCCACUUUCAGUGAAUUAUGGACCUGUAUUCCCAGAUCUUUGUUCUACGGCACCCCUCCAUCCCCUAUCAUUUACUGUGCAAGACCUACCCCUGAUUGGUCCUACCGAAGUCUAACAUCUGACGCUUCUCUGCAUUAAAUUCCAUCUGCCAUUUCUCAGUCCAUUUUUCCAGCUGGUCCAGAUCUCGCCGCAAGCCAUGAUAGUCUUCCUCGCUGUCUACUACACCUCCAAUCUUUGUGGUAUCCACAAAUUAGCUGAUCCAGUUAACCAUGUUAUCCAGAUCAUUGAUAUAGAUGACAAUCAACAACCCAGCACCAAUCAUGGGCCUCCAGUCAGAGAGGCAACCAUCUACUACCCCUCUCUGGCUUCACCUAUAAAGCCAGUGUCUAAUCCAAUUUACUACCUCAUCUUGAAUGCUGGGCGACUGAAACUUAUUUGACCUUCCAUGCGGACCUUGUCAAAUACCUUGCUAAAGUUCAUGCAGACAACAUCCACUUGCCUUCAUCAACUUUCCUGAUAACUUCCUUGGGAAAAAGUCGAUAAAGAUUGGUUAAACAUGACCUACCAUCCAGGAAGCCAUGCUAACUAUCCCCAAUCAAUCUAUGUCUAUCCAAGUACUUAUAUAUGCAGUCCCUGAGAAUACCUUCCAAUCUUCCCCACUACUGAUCUCAGGCUCACUGACCUAUACUUUCUUGGUUUAUGUUUAGAACUUUUCUUAAACAGCAGAACAACAUUGGCUAUCCUCCAUUCGUCUGGCACCUCACCAGUUGCUAAGAAUGAUUUAAAUGUCUCUCUAGGCCUCCGGUAAUUUAUCCUCUUGCCUUCCACGCGGCUUGAGGGAACAUCUCGUCAGACCCAGGGUAUUUAUCAACCCUAAUUUGUCUCAAGACAGCAAACACCUCCUCCGUAAUCUCUAUAGAGUUCAUGAAGCUGAUGCUGUUUUGCCUUACUUCUAUAGACUCUGUCUCCUGAGUAAAUACAGAUGCAAAAAAAAAAUGCAUUUAAGAUUUCCCCCAUCUCUUUUGGCUCCACACGUGAAUUACCAUCUUGAUCUUCCAGAGGACCAAUUUUGUCCCUUGCAAUCCUUUUGCUCUUAACAUAUCUGUAGCAUCCCUUAGGAUUCUCUUUCACCUUGUUUAUGGGUAACAUCAUGCCUUCUUUUAGCCCUCCUGAUUUCUUAAGUGUUCAUUUGCAUUUCUUAUACUCCACAAACACCUCAUUUGUUCCUACCUGCAAUGCACCUCUUUCUCCCCCCCCCCCCCCCCCCACCAACCAGGGCCUCAAUAUCUCUUGAAAAUCAAGGUUCCCUACAUCUGUUAUAUUUACCUUUUAUUCUGACAGGCACAUACAAGCUUCAAGACCAUACGACAUAGGAGGAGAUUUAGACCAUUUGGCCCAUCAGGUCUG